AUGUCACAAGGAAGAAACCCACCACCAGGGCGCAGACUAGAGCAGAGCCUACCCAAGCCGCAAAACCCCCAGUGUUAUCUAGACAAGAAAGAACAGCAGCACCACCCCCCUUUCCCCAACCCAACGUCACCAGACUCCACAACAGGGAACAAGCAGACACAUUCUACAAAGCCAGAACAUCACAAUCCCCCAGUAACUGAAGCAGACGUCUACAACAAAAAUGAUUUUGAAGAAUUUGCCGCAGAAGGCCAAUCAAUACCACCACCCACACCACAGAUACUUCCCACAGCACCUAAUCCAUCUCCUAUCCCACCAACAAGCACCAUGUCCAACACUGCUACACCCAAACCUACCAAAUUUAGACAAAUAGAUGAUUUUAAUGGAUUGCCUGACCGGGCCAACAGAUGGAUGUUGUCAGCCAAGGCAUACUUUUACGUAAAUGACGACAUCUAUGACUCAGACAAGAAGAAGGUCUUCACAGCACUCUCCCGCGCAAGACUUACAAAGGCACAAGACCCAGAAGCUAUGGGUUCAGACAAUGUCAGAGCAGGCAAAGACAGUCUGUCAAAGAAAUUAUGCAUACCUGUUGAAUUGAAGAUUGCAUUGCUACCAGAUAAUAAUGUUCCUCCAGAGCUAAUGGACAAUGUUCAAUAUUCGUCUGACAUUGAUCAACUUAAGAUAGAACGUUCAAACUAUGUACCAGACGGAAAGAAUCUGAACAUUUCAGGAGUUACUGAUAUGGAGGAUGAUGAUGAUGAACACAGCUCUGCCGAGCAAGAGGCUACCAUACCAUUACAAACUCUAGAAGUGGUCAAUGCAUCUGGAAGCGACAUUCAAGAAAAUGGACUACUUGCUCAUGCAUUGGCGAAUGUAUCAAAGAUCUGA